AUGGCCUCAACAUCCCCAAUGCAAUCCAAAUUCGAGGCUGAAGUAGAUGUAUUCAAUGCUCUCCAAAAAGACUACUCGAAAGCAGUAUCAGCACGAACACAACUAGAAGCUCAAUUAUCUGAAAAUGAGGCUGUUAAAAAGGAAUUCGAACUCUUAAAAGACGACACAGUUGUAUACAAACUAAUUGGUCCUGUGCUUGUCAAGCAUGAUCGAGUCGAGGCUGCUGAUAAUGUCAUCAAGAGGAUUGAGUUUAUUCGUGUUGAAAUAUCCAGGCUCGAAAAUCAAAUCAAGGACUUGAAUGAGAAGCAAGAUAAGAAGAAAGAGGAACUCGUCAAGAUGCAGCAGAUGGUUCAACAAGCCGCUGCUGCUGGUGGAAAACAGUAA